AUGGCGAAAUCUGAUAAAGGUCGAGCAUCUGCCGGCGGCAAUAACGCGAAUUGUAUCUCCCGAUUGUUUCAAAUCGGGUCGUAUGGAAGAACUGGACUCCGAGAUCUUCGUUCUCCACUUCUUCUUGAGCAGCCUCAGGGUCCUUCGUUCCAUCUUGCUGAUCUUCGGAAUCACCAACGUCCGCCUCGUCUACCAACACCUCUAACUCCCCCUUGCCCCGACAUGCCGCACUCUCACCACUCUCACAGCGGUCAAUUCUGCUCUCACGCGAGAGACUCCCUCGCUUCCGUCCUGCAACAAGCCCACGAUCUCGGUUUCACCCACUUCCACCUCAGCGAGCAUGUCCCACGUGCAAACUUCACCGAGCUCUAUCCCGAGGAAGUAUCGGCGAACAUCACCCCCGCUGCGCUCCGCACCACAUUCAGCGCAUACUUGAAGGAAGCGAGACGCUUGCAAGCGGAGUACACGAACAAGGGUCUGCACGUGUUGGUCGGGUGCGAGACGGAAAACAUCACCAGCCCCGGAACGUUGGACUACCUUACCGAGGUGUUGGGAAGCACACCAGAGACCAAGCCGGAGAUGAUCGGCAAAGGGGUGGUGGACUACAUCGUCGGAUCGUUGCAUCACACACAUUCUAUCCCCAUCGACUUUGACCGCGAAACGUUCGACAGGUCCGUCUCCAGUUUCUCUUCCUCUUCCACCCACGCUGCGCAUCUGCAACUCAUCGACCAGUACCUCGACGAUCAACUCGAAGUGCUUCAUCGCCUCAAACCCGAGGUCAUCGGCCACUUUGACCUCUUUCGCCUCUUCACACCUUCAUUGAAGAUUCGAGGCGAGAAGCAGAUCUGGAGCAAGGUGGAGCGAAACGUACGCUAUGCCGUCGAAUACGGUGCACUGUUCGAAUGCAACGCUGCGUCUUUCAGGAAAGGGUGGAAUACCUCGUAUCCUGCAAGAGAGGUGUUGGAUCUGAUUCAGAGCUUGCAAGGUCGACUUUGUCUAUCCGACGAUUCGCACGGUGUCCAUGCGGUCGGGUUGAACUAUCUCAGACUGAAGGAGUAUCUCAUCGACGCCGGUGUCGACACCAUCUGGUAUCUCGAGAAGGACGCAUCACAAUCACCUGCCGGCCAAGACAAGGACGGCCACACGAGGCCGACCCACUUCGCCCGCGGAACAGUCGCCAAGCCGAUGGGACCAGAAUGGAAAACACAUCCCUUCUGGACCACCUUUACCGCCUCUCUCGAGUCUCAGUCAUAA